CACCCUGCACUCGCACGGGGCAACGUCGCCGUCAUCACGGGCGCAGGAGCCGGCGGCAUCGGGUUCCACGUCGCCCUCCACAGCCUCGCCCGCCUCGACCUCCACACCGUCCUCCUCGACAACAACCAGCACGCCCUCGACCUCGCCCACGACCUCCUCGUCGCCGAGCACAUCCCCGAAACCCGCUUCACCACCCGCCUCGUCGACGUCUCGGACCCCAACCAGCUCGUCGACGCCGCCGACGCCGUCUUCGCCCAACAUGGCCGCGUCGACUUCCUCCACCUCAACGCUGGCGUCGCCGGCAAGACCAAGACGUACGGCAGCGACAUGCUCAAAGACUGGAACCGCAUCUUCAACGUCAACCUCGGCGGCGUCACGGCCGGCUCGGCCGCCUUUGUCGAGCGCAUGGUCGCCCAGGACUCGCCCGCCCUCGUCGUCAUCACCGGCUCCAAGCAGGGCAUGACCAACCCGCCCGGGUCCGGCGGUGCCUACAACGCGUCCAAAGCCGCCGUCAAAGCCUUUGCCGAGGUGCUCGCCCACGACCUGCGCGCCGCGUCGACCAAGAUCGACGUCAAGCUCCUCGUGCCCGGCUGGGUCCACACCAAGCUCUCGACAGGCGGCGACCCGCUCGCCGUCGACAACACGGCGCACAAGCCCCCGGGCGCCUGGUCCGCCGCGCAAUGCGCCGCCGAGCUCUUCUCGCGCCUCGAGUCGGCGCCCAACGAGUUCUACAUCGUGUGCCCGGACAACGAGACGAGCUCCGAGCUCGACUAUGCGCGGUUCGAGUGGAGCGCUGGGGACGUGCUUGAGCGGAGGACGGCGCUCAGCAGGUGGGACCCGGCGUACAAGGACGAGUUUGAGCGGUUCGUCGCGCAGCGCGUGGGUCAGUAGCUUCACGACGUGCGACGAGCGCUUUCGGCCCCGUCUCUCGAUA